GUGUCCUCCAUGUUGGGGUCGCGAAGCAGGCUACCUGUUUGCUGUAGCUAUAGCAACCCGGUUACCUGGAUGCUCAUUGCUCGCUCGUCAUCACCAGUUUGGUGAUCCCUGCCUUCUUCUGAGUAGCUUCACUUUGAUAUGACAGCUGUAGCGCAGAGCAUUAAUCACAAAUUAACAUUUAAUCACCAAUGAUUGUUUAAUUACUGUGAUCAUGUUUUUAUCAAGGCGUUGUUAUAACCUUUGUCAAUGUCACAUCGAUAUCAUGCUAGCCUAAGGUCUUCAACCUUCUGAGGAGGUGGGGCCUGAAGGACACCAAGGCUUUCACUGCUGACCAAGUGCCACAAGCCCCUAGACAGCAGCGUCCUCGGGCCAGCGACCAUGGAGUACGUCUGGCAUCAGCCAAUGAGCUUCAUUAUUUUAUGAUUGGCCUAUACAUUUGUCAUGUUUACUAUGAGUCGUCAUAGUUCUUAUCUAAGAAAGAACACAAGGCAUACUUUUUAUUUAAUGAAAUUAUAUUGAAUGCUGGCAAUUGUUGUUCACUGUAAUUCCCCUCUCAGAUGCAGACGGUGACACUAAUCCCUGGGGAUGGAAUCGGUCCCGAGAUCUCCACUGCUGUGAUGAGGAUAUUUGAAGCAGCUCAAGUACCCAUUCAGUGGGACGAGAGGAAUGUCACAGCCAUCCAAGGGCCAGGUGGUAACUGGAUGAUACCUCCAAACACAAAAGAAUCAAUGGACAGAAACAAAAUUGGCCUCAAAGGUCCCUUGAAGACCCCAGUUGCAGCUGGCCAUCCUUCAAUGAACCUUCUCUUGAGAAAAACAUUUGAUCUGUAUGCAAACGUACGCCCCUGUAUGUCUAUUGAGGGCUACAAGACCCCUUAUACAGAUGUGGACCUGGUGACCAUACGAGAGAACACUGAGGGGGAAUAUAGCGGGAUCGAACAUGUGAUCGUAGAUGGAGUUGUACAGAGCAUAAAGCUCAUCACAGAAGAUGCAAGUGAACGUAUUGCAAAGUACGCUUUUGAAUAUGCCGUUAAUAACCAGCGCUCCAGUGUUACUGCGGUGCAUAAGGCAAAUAUAAUGCGUAUGUCAGAUGGUCUCUUUCUCCGCAAAUGUCGAGAAGCAGCCGAGAAUUACAAAGAUAUCAAGUUCACUGAGAUGUACUUGGACACUGUGUGUCUUAAUAUGGUCCAAGACCCCACACAGUUUGACGUUCUAGUGAUGCCAAAUUUGUAUGGCGACAUACUAAGCGAUCUUUGUGCUGGGCUCAUCGGAGGACUGGGAGUGACUCCAAGUGGAAACAUCGGGACCAAUGGAGUCGCCAUCUUUGAAUCGGUUCAUGGAACGGCCCCGGACAUAGCGGGAGCAGACCUCGCCAACCCCACUGCCCUGCUGCUCAGUGCCGUCAUGAUGCUGCGGCACAUGGGGCUGCACGCCCAUGCCCAGAGGAUCCAGACUGCCUGCUUCAACACCAUUCAAGACAAACGGGUGCUGACGAAAGACCUGGGGGGAAACGCCAAGUGCUCAGAAUUCACGGCGGCGAUCUGUGAGAGGGUACAAGACUUGGACUGAAGAGGUGGACCCCAGAGUCCAGGCAGGGCUGGAUCCUCUCGCUGCACGAGUUCCUCGUCUUACUAUGGCUCUUUAGUUACUUUCAGUUUUGCAAACCAAAAAGCAGAAGCACUGAAAUAGAUGACUCUUGACUAGCCAAUGUCUUUCUGUGAGCAAAUCUUGGUCUUAAACUGGAAAUUUUCAAGUAUAAUGUUAUUUAUUUAAUGAAUUUAUGUAAUUAAGGUUGAGCCUUUAGGAGGGACUCUUUGAAAUGAGAGUUCAAUCGGAACAUAUAUGUUGGAAAGAUGCCCUGGAUGUAUGCAAAUGUCUGAUUGCUAAGAUGAAAGUUAUUGUUGCUCGGGGAGAGAUUGCCUGUCCUCAUGAAUAACUGAAAAGGCUAAACUGUGAUCUUGUCGCACACAAUCAAUAAAAAGCUUAGAAAAAAAUACAUCAGA